ACUCUUUGAUUUUCUCUCGUCUGUCUUUUAUGUGCACGCUGCUUUCUCUCUGCUGCUUUGCAUGUCACGAUAACGUCACAAAUAUGAAAAUGAAUUUACAGGAUCUUUGACCAUGCACACACUGUUCCAGGCUUGUAGAUUGAAUACAAUGACUGAGCUUAGCCUUUUUGCUUCCAUGUUUAUCUUCCACUGGCUGGUGGUCUCCCUCCUCUUUCUCCAUGCCGCUGGGUUUGAUUUGCACUCUGGCUUUAUUAUGAAAAGAAGGUGUGCUUUUAUUGGAGCUUAAUGACUUACUUAUCAGAAUAUGAAUCUGCAGAUGUUUUGUUUAAAAGUAGCCAUGUUAGUCAGAACACAAAAGGGUUAACAGCUCCAUAGAUCCACAGAGCUUUGUUGGAUAAACAGUGAGGAGUUUUAAUUGACAAUAUUCUGCACUUUUGUUUAUGCAGCUUGUGUCAGUCCAAAGUCAGCACUUUGUGUUGACUGAUAAACUCUCUGCAGCGGGUCUUUUCUCCUGCAGAUGAAUUAGUUGCAGCUCUUGGCCCCCCCCCCUGCACAAUGCAUAUGCAGAUCAGAUGUGUGCAGCAGAAUAUGGCCUCUGAUUGUGAUUUAUCCCGCUGUCGCUGAACACACAGAAGGAUUUUUCAAAGUGCUCAAUCAGAGAUUCAGAGAGAGGUCGAUGCUAUGGCUCAGAGUUUCUUUACGACUCAGGAGUGUUUACUGAAAUAAGAGAAGACGAAAACCGUUCCAAUUCAAAUUGAUAAUAAGGAUCUGCUUAGCUGUAACUGGCAUCGGAUCGCAGUUUUAUGUCCAAACUCUUUAAUUUUUCUCUAUUAUUUGGAAUAUAACUGGAGGAAAGCCAAACAGCUCAUUGGCCUUUAAAAUAAAGAGCCAGAACCUUGGAGAAGCUCUCGCUCUCUCUCUCUUUGUAUUACACAACAGCUGAAUCUAUUCAGUGUUUAAAGGCUCUCUGUAUCCGGCAGAUCAGCUCUCAGUCCGUGCUUGUGUGCAGAAACUAUUUGACUGCUUUUUAAAAAGGAGGAGGGGAUCGAUCGCCCGCGGUGUACAGGCUUGUGAGCGAGUUUAUGUGUUAGUGUUACACUCCUCGCCAGAGAUCCUCUCCCUCUCUCCGUCCUCGCUCGCUCGCUCGCUCGCUCGCUCUGGCAAAUCAGAAUACUGAAUGAGAGCGCGAUGUUUGGGAACAAGCGAGAAGUGGGGAGAGAUCAAAGAGAGCGGGUGCCAAGAUAUUUUUUAUUCCAGAGCUCGUCAGAAGAAGAGCCUUUAAAAAAAAAAAGAUAGAAGGAACGCCUGUGGAAUAGAAAUAAUGUAAAGCAGGGUGGAGGCGGCAUGCAGAGAGGAAAUAAAGGGGGGUGUCGGCCAGGUUACGCUGACAAUUAUUGGGCUAAAACCUGCAGCGUGACUCAGAUUGACUCUCAGGCUGUAAUCUGCACAAACCCCCCGUGACCUCCCCUCUCCUCUCCUCACACUGACUAAAAGCCUGCAUCUAUAUGUUGGCCAAACAGAGUGUUAGCAUUAAUGUGCAUGUGCCCUGAAGUCGGUCAUGUGGAAAAGAUAGUCUGGGUCAAGGAAAGAAGGAGGGGGGGGGGCGGUUGUUUAGUUUUUAAGAUAAGAGGCUUGGGGAGCACUUUUAAUACCCCCUCACCCCGUCUGGGCACUUCAAAUAUUCAGCACGUCAGCCUCUCAUUCACCCAAAUUCCUCCCUCCGUCCUUGUCACUGUAGUUUAGCCAUGGGGUGGUGCUGGUCACGGUUCUCCCCCUCUUCGUCUUGAUUGGCUGGAAGGUCUUGCGGUAGGGUCUCGCUGGUUCCUACAAUAUUUGUGGGGAUUAUGCUCCAUCGAUUGGGCACGCUCCCAAACCCCUGCAUCAGAUAUAUACACAGAGAGAGAGAGAGAGAGAGAGAGAGAGGAAGCAGGAAGAGAAGGGGAGAAAAAAGGGGGGAGGGGCAUCGUCUUCCCGACUGUCUCACUUGGCUUUCUAAGUGAAGUUGUGCUCAUAUCCAAGCGCACAUGUCUGCAGGUCACUCACAGAGUCCUCUGAUGUCAGAAGACGUGGAUGGAUGCUCGCUCAGGAUUAUGUUGGACUAACUUUUUUUGCGCCUGAAGCUUCAUUUGAAGGUCACAAGUUUACCAUUUUUCUUAUUUUCUGCUUUAUCGUAACGACAACAGAGAAAGAAAUGUUCCGUCUCCUUCUUUUAAAUCACAAACUAUGGACGAAUCUGGAUAUUUUUCCCUUUUUUGCCCUUGAAAGCUGAAUACGGUCCUCAAAGAGGAUCUUUAAGCAGGGGGCAUCAUCUGCAGCCUCUCGCCCUUCGGGGGUCUCCUACUGUUGUCUCCCCCUUCUGCUGUAAAGCAAGAUCAAAGGCUGGAGCUCCAUAUGAAUCCAAUAUGCAACCAUAGGCGCCAUAUUUGAGGGACUGAUGUCAGUAAAGCUGCAAAUUUGAUCGAUAAUUAUCACAGAAUUGAUCAUAAGCUCACUCCUACUUGCUCACCUGGAAGUGUACACGACCUGCAGCAUGGAGGUGAUGGCGUCUUGUUGGAGAGGGCAGGAGGAGCAAGCUGCCAAAUUGAAAGCGGAGAAGAUCCGAGUCGCCUUGGAAAAAAUCAAGGAGGCCCAGGUCAAAAAGCUGGUGAUCAGGGUCCACAUGUCAGACGAGAGCUCCAAGACGAUGAUGGUGGACGAGCGGCAGACAGUCAGACAGGUGCUGGACAGCCUGCUGGAUAAGUCCCACUGUGGAUACAGCCCUGACUGGUCUCUGGUGGAAACCAUCAACGAGCUGCAGAUGGAGCGUAUUUUCGAGGAUCAUGAGAAUUUGGUGGAGAAUCUCUUAAACUGGACCCGGGACAGCCACAACAAGCUGAUGUUCAUCGAACGCAUCGAGAAAUAUGCCCUCUUCAAGAACCCUCAGAACUAUUUGUUGGGCCGGAAGGAGACGUCUGAAAUGGCUGACAGGAACAAAGAAGCAUUGUUAGAGGAGUGUUUCUGCGGCGGCACGGUCUCGGUGCCGGAGAUCGAAGGCAUCCUCUGGCUAAAGGAAGAUGGCAAGAAGUCGUGGAAGAAGCGCUACUUCCUCCUCAGAGCAUCGGGGAUCUACUACGUCCCCAAAGGCAAAGCCAAGGCUUCCAGAGAUCUCGUGUGCUUCCUGCAGCUGGACCAUGUUAACGUGUAUUAUGGUCAAGACUACCGCAGCAAAUACAAAGCUCCGACCGACUACUGCCUGGCUCUCAAGCAUCCACAGAUCCAGAAGAAGUCUCAGUACAUCAAGUAUCUGUGCUGUGAUGAUGUCAGGACGCUGCACCAAUGGGUGAAUGGAAUCCGCAUCGCCAAGUACGGGAAGCAGCUAUACAUGAACUACCAGGAGGCCAUGAAGAGGACAGAGGCCGCCUACGAUUGGUCCUCUCUGUCGACCGCCAGCAUCCGAUCAGGCUCCAGCUCUGCUAGCAUACCUGAGUCCCAGUCUAAUCAUUCGGGACACUCAGACAGCGGGGUCGACACUGGAUCUUCUCAUGGUCGCUCGCAGAGUGUGGUCAGCUCCAUCUUCUCUGAGGCCUGGAAGAGAGGGACCCAGAUCGAGGAAAACACCAAGCACAUGAGGAUGGAGGCGUCCAGAUCGGGCACCCUGCCUCACGUCUCCCACAGUCACCGCCAUCACAGCCAGCAUUCAGCCGAUCAUCCCGCCCUGACGCCCCCUCCCCAACCUCAGCCUCCGCCUCAACCCCUCCAACAGCACCCGCCACCGCCUCAGUACCCAUCAAUGCACCCGCAGACCCCACCUCCCCAGCCUCAGUCUCCUCAGCAGUCUCCUCAACAGACUCCACAGCCGCCUCCACCGCAGGUGAUUCAGCGUCCCCCGCAGUCUCCACAACAACAGCGGAAAACACUUCCCAGCUACAGCCACGUCCCCCCCCAGCAGCAGCAACAGCAACAGCAACAGCAACAAGAAGUGGCUCCUCCUCCGCCCCCGCCGCCGCCACCUCCCCCUCCUCCCCCACCCCCGGUUCAAAUGGUCUCUCACCACUCACCGGCUCCAACCAUGUACAAGUUCAGCACCAUCAACCGGCUGCAGAACCAAAAUGCUUCCAACACAGCCAACCACAGGCUACCAGGUCACAUCCACGCCUUAGGUCAUCAAGUUCUCCCGUCAUUACCAAAACCGCCCCCAGCACAAGCGCCCGUCAAACCAAAUGUCAAUCACAUUGCGGCAAGGACUAAUGUCCCGCCUCCUCCUCCACCGCCUCCUCCACCGUCCAUGCCAACUCCAGGGUCGGCCAUGGCUGUUUUGAGGCUGGGUCCUCCAAGCCCUGCUGCCCCACCUUCCUUCAUUCCUCCACCACCAGUCCCUCCACCUGAUCCCCAAAUGAAUGGAGUUGCAUUUCCUCCCCCUCCUCCUCCACCUCCUGAGGUAAUGGCUCCCAUGAGCCACCCUGUUUACCCCAAUGGGCUGAAGCAGGUCUUGAAGGAGCGGUUUCCCAGCCCGCCACGGGACCUCCUCUCUCCAAACGGAGGCAUUGAAGAUUCCCCGCCCCCUGCCCCUGCUCCGACACCCCCACCUCCUCCGCCUCCGCCUCCGCCACCGCCUCCUCCUCCUCCCCAGCAGUUCCCAGUGCCGGCCCAGUUCCCGCCUCCUCCUCCAGCGCCACCAAAAACCUUCAACCCUGGCUUCAUCCCGCAUGCUGCCCCCAAACCGGUCUCACCCGUCUCCCCUUUCCCUCCUGCUCCACCUCCUGCGGCCCUGGGUGGCCCAUGCCCACCCCCGCCUCCACCACCUCCUCCACCUGCUCCCUUCAAGAAGCAGUUCAGCCUCCAGGCAGGGCACACCUCUAGCCAGCCGCCUCCUACUUUGCCGAAGCAGCACAGCCUGUCGAAGCCGUCAUCCAUUUCAGCAGGAGGGCCUCCUGCGAUGUCUUUGGUGAAACAACUCGCAAGUCAGUUUCCAGGAGCGUCAUCCCAAGCAGCCAAUCACACGGAGAGCCCCAAAGCCCCCCUCUCCCCCCCUGCUGUCAAGACCAAACCAAGAUGGCAGCCAGGUGGAGGCCAGCAGCUACAGUCUCCUGAAUUCCCUCCUCCCCCUCCUGACAACAACGGUGGCUUCCCUGCCCCUCCUCCUCCUCCUCCUCCUCCUCCGCCUCCUCCUCCACCACCUCCACAAGUCACAGGCCCAUCUCCGCCACCUCCUCCCAAAGUUACAGGCCCCACACCGCCACCCCCUCCCCUUCCUCCGGGAAACCUGGGCUCCCCCCUGAGGAGAUCCCCCUCUGGCUCCUCCAGCUUAGGAGGCAAGAAACCUCCUCCCGCCCCGCAGAGGAACUCCAGCAUCAAGCUCAACGGUUCAGCUUCCUACGAGGAGUCCAGGAGGAACUUACUGAGCAAGUUUGCCCCCCAAGGCAACGCCCCUUCCUCCUCCCCUUGCCCCCCUUCCUAUUCCUCUGGAUCCCCUUCUAAGGACCCCUCAAACGGACCCCCAGCACCCCCAAAACCAGGCAAGCUCAACCUUUCCAACCUGCCUCCAGCUCUCCAGGCCAAAGUGAGCCAGGUCAAGCAAAUUAGCGGCGACUUCCCUUCUCCGCCUCCCGAGUGCGCCUACUUCCCACCUCCCCCUCCUGCCUCAGAGCUCUUCCCCCCUCCUCCACCUCCUGGUUCUGAUGCCCAUAGCGGAGGUCCGCCAAGAGUUGCUGUGGUCAACCCCCAACCCCAAGCUCCCCCUCCUCCCCCACCUGUGUCCCUCGUAAGCAACUCAACAUGGGGGAAAAGCUCACUGAAAAAGACUCCUCCACCAACGCUUGUACGGCGCGGCAACAACACACCAGACCCCCCACCACUUUCACCUCCACCCACCUCCCCAAAGGGUGGGUCGGGCCAGCCUAAUUUCCUGGAUGAUCUUCACCGGACACUGAAGCGAAAGUCAGUGGGUCGCCAAGGUUCCCUAACCUCAGCCGGCCUCACGGGCAAGUUGGAACCUGCAGGAACUAUGGACGACAUGGCGCUGCCCCCGCCUCCACCCGAGCUGCUCCUGGACCAAGGGAAGCAAAGCAACGGAGGGAACGACGGCGGCUACAAGUCCGGAAACAUCUCAGGCUAUGCAACAUUACGACGGGGACCCCCGCCCGCACCACCCAAACGGGGGGACGGAACGAAACUUACCGGAGAGUGUUGAAUUUGGAGAUCAGGACACGAUAAAGACAAUGAAAGAAUAUAUGGGAGUGUGUAUAUACUUCAACCCAAGCCGGACCGUGAUCAGUUAGUGUUUGCGAAUUAUUGCAUUUUUUUAAAGCUUGGUUUGUCGGAUCAGUGGGUUUUAUCAACGCUGGAAAAUGAAGACAAAAUUAAGACAAGAGCAGGAAAGUCGGAGUCAAAGAGUCUUACAUUUCCCCGUAUGGUAAAACCCUUCCAUCCGGUUACCUGAGCAGAUUCAAAUACACACUAAUAAUAAGAACCAUUCAAAUAUUACUGGAUCCAAGUCUGAGCCGAACCAUGUAUCCGCUUCUCUGCCAUAAGUUUGUGCCACGUACCGGAUAAAAAAAAACCCCGACAUGAGGAGCUUUCUGCUUCGGUACUGCAUGGAGCUCAUGCAAGAACUAGCUGUAAAAAAAACCCAAAAAAAACAUGAAGCUGUUCUGAAGUGUGUGCAUGAGUGAGAAAGAUCCCAAAACACCAAGACUGACGAUACAUACAUGCAUUGCGUGAAUGCAUGUAUGAUCAUGUGGUGUAGUUCACGGUUAGGAAGAAAGGCCUACAUGGAGUGCUGGUUGGUUAGGUGUGCUUUUAUAUAAAAUUAUUUAAUGAUUGAUAAAUGGAAGGAUUUUUUUUAUGAGUUUGUAUUUUAAAAAGCUGGUCAACAAAGUCAAGAGAGGAACAAAACAUUUUGGCACAAUGGAAUGUAUACAGGGAGGCAUAUUAGGGAACAUAAAUACAGACAUGAAGGCAAUGAAACUAGAGCCCGACCGAUAUCAGACAACAUGGCCCUAUCAGAGAUGAAUUUUUAUGAGAUAUGUCGAUAAAACACUUCUUUUUACAGAAUGUAUUAGAGAAUAACCCUUGAGGUGAUUUACAUGUGACGUAUUUUAGUUGUUUGUCCAGCAGAGGGCGAUCCAACUCCAUGUUUUACUGUACUCUGUGUACAGUACAGUGUUCAACACAAAUAUUGACAAUUAAAAAUCUGCUUUUUGAGUAUAUCAGAAAAUACCACGUCAGUAUGGGUAGAUAUAUAGAUUCAAUGUUUAAGUCAUGCAAUUGUCAGGUCAUGGUGUAUGUUAAUAAGUGCAACUUGAUAGUGUUAAAUGGGCCCAUACUGCGUCGUCUUUUAUCAAUUCCAUUGAUAUCGGUCGGGCUCUGAUCAAAAAAAAAGUCAAGUAUCAGUGCAACUUUUAAACCUGUUCACUUAAACAUUUCAAGACUGUUUAGAAACUUUGCAAAUGCAAAUGAAAAGGAAGCCUUAUCCCCAAAGUCUUGCACAGAGGUCAGAGCAGAUUUCUUCCCAGGGUUCAGCAGUGUCUGGACCGUGCAACUGGAAAAAACAAAACAAAAAAAAAACAUUAUUUAAAGGACUUGUGUAAUGGAGGCGGGAGGCCUGUGAUGGUGCGUCUCUGUGGACUGUGUGCGUUGACUUCCCCGUGUGUUUGGCUCGAUUUUGGACCUUCUCCUUCAGUUUGUGUCUGUACAGUUGCAGCUGCUACUCCUCCCCUUUGACUGUUGGUCGCCCCCCCCCCCCGCCCGUCCCACCCGUCCCGCCGCCUUCUAAAGUUACAUGGUAUCACAUUUCAGGAUGUCGUUCAAGAAUGUACAGAUUGGAUUGUGAAGUAUACUCAUGUUAUCCACACAAGCUGAUAAAACAUACAUUUGUCGGGGUCAAUGUACAGAGAAUUAAACCAUGUCGUCGAUAACAGAAGUCUGGCAUCAGACUGAAUGUUGCUUUCAACUUUGUGUGUCUGUCGUGUCUUUGUUUCUUCAUGGUGCCAUUACUGCUUCAAUCCUCGGUGCACUAAGGUCCAACUGAGGUUAUAUCUUGACUUUGUACCUACAGAUUGGAUCAUGAAGGGUUUUGACUUCUUGCAGGAAUGGCUUCAUUUUAAGGGUGCUCAAUGUCAACAUGUCUGUGUGCAUCAGGACGACAUAUCAUUAUCAUUUGAGACACUUUAAACUGGUUUUAAAUUUGGCGUUGGUGUGGAAAUGAAUCCUUUGAAGGUGGUCUUUUUCCACACAGGCCCUAUUGGACAUGCUGUUCUUUUGUCCCUGCAGCAGCCUUCUUGAAGACAGAGGCUGUGUACCAUUUCUUCUAACUGAAUAUCAUUGUCUUUUACAGGAUGUUUGCUUCAGUACAGUAUGUAAGUUAUUGAUGUGCUGACGUGAACAUGUGGGGCCGAGUUACAUGAAGAAAAACGGUUUCAGAUAAGAGUAAAUGUGUCCUCUUGCAUUUAAACUGAAAAUCACAAUAUAAAUGUUCAAACCAGAUCCUCAA